GACUUUGUAUACAAGUUUGAGGCUGGGUCUCGGAGCUUUGUCUUAACCGUUCCUCUCCAGUUCCCCGUGCAAGAAAACCUCGAUCAUUUACAUGGACGGCUAAUGCUGCUGCACGACUUGCCCUGCUUUAUAGAACAAGUGUGAUUUUUCAGUGGAGCAAAACAAUAGUUUUGGAAGUUCUUGGUGUGAGAAUUGGAAAUUGGAAUUCUACGGACGUGCUUUCAAGAUACAAUUUGAUUGGUCCUUCAAGAUACAUUAUUACUAUGGAGCCGCACGCUGCCUGCAGCUGCUUUGGCGUCAAUGGAAAGUUGGUUAUUUUUAUUUUAUUAUCAUUGUGUCUCCACGUAUGCUUGAGCGACACAAACGUGAGAAACUCUUUAAUGACAGUAGAAGACGCCGAAGAUGAAAGCGAAACAGAGGCUGUUGUAGAAAAUGAAGAUGAACAUGACCUCCAAGACAUGGAAGUAUUUUAUCCAACUCGUGAAUGGCAGGUGGUUAAACCAGGUCAGGCUGUCCCCCCAGGUCUACAUAUGCGCCUCAAUUUGCAAACCGGAAGGAAUGAGGCCAAGCUUCCAGAUGGACACCAUGACACGGACAACCAGAGGCCGGCACCCCAGUCAUCUUCCUUUUCGGAAGCGUACACCAAAAAAGAGCUAAAGGAAGCUUUGGCUAAAUUCAAAGAGGGCCACAAUCUAAAGAGUGAACAGGCUGACGUUGAAGAAGUCAAGCGACGUUUUCGGCCAAUAGAAGACUUGAAGAAGGAGUUCCGUGAACUCAAUCUAAAUAUUGAGACCGAUUUCGACAUAAUGACUAAAAUAAUCAACCGAUUUAAUAACUCGGUGUCUACUACUGCUGAGAAGGUCAAUGCCCUCUAUGACCUUGAAUACUAUGUUCACCAAGUGGACAAUGCCCAAAACCUUCACAGACUCGGGGGUCUUCAGCUUAUCAUCAGUAGCCUAAACAGUACAGAGCCUUCCUUGAUAGAACACUCGGCUUUUGUUAUUGGCUCUGCACUUGCCAGUAACCCCAAGGUUCAGAUUAAAGCUUUUGAGGGGGGUGUCCUUCAGAAGCUCCUAGCGGUUUUGGCAACAGAACAACCCGUCUCUGUGAAAAAGAAGGCGCUGUAUGCCUUAUCCUCUCUGUUGCGUCAGUUUCCGUACGCUCAGCAACAGUUUCUCAAGUUGGGUGGACUUCAAGUUCUAAAAAACUUCUUCAAGGAAAAAAACACAGAGCCGUUGUUUGUCCGGGUGAUAACGUUGUUAUACGAUAUGAUCAUGGAGAAGAUAUUACUUCAGAAAGAAAGCAAUAUCGAACUUGCAAGAGAAAAGAAACAUCAGUAUGACCAAAUCAACGUAACGGAAGCCAUAACCGAGCAAGGCUGGUGCAAAAUAAUAUCAAAUCUUCUCAGUCUGCCGGAAAACGACGCGCGAGAAAAAGUUCUGAAGAUGCUGUCGGUGCUGACCGCGUCUUGCAAGGAUGAGUUCCUAGAGGACCGGAGUCUUCACGAUCUUCUGGAUUUGCUGCGAAACGAGUUUGAAGAAUUUGUCGAAGAGGAAGAGAAGUCUGAAGAAACGGACGGAUAUUUUCGUGAACUCGUUGGCUUGGUCAAUGAAAUCUCAGACAAAUUGAAAUAAACGUUUGAAAAUGAAAAGUAAAAA